CGGGCUGCAAGACUCCGAAGCAGGACAGAUCUGCCGAGCGCGCCCGGAGGAGCCACCGCCCCGUCAGGGGUAGGCUGGGAAGUUUGCAGGGCGGGGCUGCGCGUCAAGCUCCUGCGGUAGCAGAGCCGGGGAAAUCCCAUUCCCCAGCAAGGCUCGGGCUGGUUCACAAGAUGGACUUUUCCAAGAAAACCAUAAGAAGAAAACGUACAAGCUAAAUUGAAAACCUAUGAGAGCCAAUGAAUGGAAAUGUAGCCCUCUGGUAGGGCCAUGAACCUAAAACAAGUCUAUGGUUCUGUACUGAUGUUUGGAGUAGCAGGUCUACUCCUUUUCAUGUAUCUGCAAGCCUGGAUUGAUGAACAUCAUGCAGAGUCUGAAGAAAUUUUAAAACAACAUAUAAGCAAUCAGGAUAUCAAAUUCUAUUAUACAAAGGAACCUAAAAGGGCACCGAAAAAAUUGAUCACUUCUCCAAAACUUGACAGAUCAAGUACAAUUUUUUCUGAGACUGUUUCUUCCCAGGCAGAUGCUAACCCCUUUCUAGGGAUGGCUGCUUCCCUGACUCUUGAAUUAUCUGAAGAGCAGCAAAAGAUCAAAUUGCUUCUUAAACAAGUCAAGCAAGUGAACUUCUCCCCAGCAAUGCGUCCUUUGAACAAGAGUUCCAUCAAAGAUGACCACUGGAAAACCACAGAUGAAGUUCAGGAGAAACGAAGAGCUUUCCUUUAUAAUUUCUGCAAAAAACACAUUAGAGAACACAGUCCUCUGAUUCACCUUAUGCGCAUGGUAUCCAGAAUAUACGUGGAAGAUAAACACAAACUCUUGUAUUGUGAAGUGCCCAAGGCAGGCUGCUCUAACUGGAAAAGGGUUUUGAUUGUACUCAACGGUCUUGCAGAAUCAACGUAUAAUAUUACCCACGAUGCUGUACACUAUGGAAAGCAUUUGAAGAAACUGGACAGUUUUGAUUUAAAAGGGAUACACAUGCGUUUAAAGACAUAUACAAAAGUUAUAUUUGUACGGGAUCCCAUGGAAAGAUUGGUCUCUGCAUUUAGAGAUAAAUUUGAACACCCAAACAGCUACUACCACCCUGUAUUUGGGAAGUCAAUUAUUAAGAAAUACAGAUAUAAUGCAGAUGGAGAAGCACUGACAACAGGCUCAGGAGUACAGUUCAAAGAAUUCAUUCAGUAUUUGUUAGAUUCCCAUCGUCCAAUAGGGAUGGACAUACACUGGGAGCAGAUCAGCAAAUUGUGUAAUCCUUGCAUUAUCAACUAUGAUUUCAUCGGUAAAUUUGAAACUUUGGAAGAAGAUGCCAAUUAUUUUUUGAGACUAAUAGGAGCUCCAGAAGACCUGACAUAUCCUAAUUUCAAAGAUCGACAUUCCACCGAUGAAAGAACAAAUUCAGAAGUUGUGAGACAGUACCUGGCAAAAAUUCCUGCUACAGAGAGACAAAUGAUUUAUGACUUUUAUUCUCUGGAUUAUUUAAUGUUUAAUUAUAGUGCACCAUAUGUAGGGCCCUGAUUUUGUUUAGUUUAACGCUUAAGCAGUUUUAGUUUGCAACUCGGAGUGAAAGAAACAUAGUUUUUUAAACAGAGAAGUUUUGAUUGUUGGAGCCUUCUUAAACUCCCAUUGGCAUAAAUUAUCGGAAUAAUGCAGGAAUGAUUAUACUGGCAUGUCUGGGAAGGAAAAUAUUCCUAUAUUGAACAACCUGAAAGGGUGAAAUGUUAGGGAUGUGACCUUUAUGACAUUAUCAGUGCAAUUCUAAAGAGAGUUACUCUGAUGUAAGUCCAUUCAUUUCAGUGGAUUUACACUAGACUAACUCUGCAAAGGAUUUCACUGUAAAGCCAGCAAUCUCAUGAUUUGAAACCCUCCAAAAUAAAUUGGGUCAAUUGUAUCUCUUCAGAAAUGACCAAAAUAAAUUGGUUUUGUUAUAUCUCUCUAGAAAUAAAAUGUGUCUUGAAUGUAUUUUGCACUUUCUGGAAAUACCAAUUAAAAGCCAGUUUUCAAAAUA